AUGGACCCUACCAAGGGUUUGGAACCGCACCAGUCGCAGCCGCCGCCGCCGCCGCCGCCGCACACCAAGAAGCGGCAGAACGGCAGCAGCGAGCCGCUAGGGUCCCUGCAUGCGCCCGGCAGUGGCACCACCGGCAGAAGCAAUUUUGAAGACGAUGGUGACGCCAGCGCCGCCGGGGGACAGCCGCCGCCAAACAAGAGCCAGAAGCGCCGCGGGAGGCACAAUACGGCCUGCAAUUUCUGCCGGCUGCGCAAGGCACGCUGCAACAAUGAGCGUCCGCGCUGCGGCUUCUGCAGGGCAAGCAACCAGGAGUGCGUCUAUGCCGAGGAUCAGGAGAAGCGGUGGCAGCAGUCCCACGAUUACAGCACUGCCGACAUCAUAUCCCGCUUGGACGAGCUCAAGAGUUUACUUGUUGGCUCCACGGGAAUUGCGGCGGCCGCAGCAGCAACAGCAACAGCAGCAGCAGCAGCAGCAGCAACUACGCCGCCGCUGCCGCCGCCGCCGCCGCGAAACCACCAGAGCCGCUGGCCCUCCGUCUCCGACCUCGACGGCGCGAAUAGCCCGUCCGCAAACAGCAGCAACAGCCACCGCAGCCCGUCCGGGGCCAUGCAUUCGGCCACCCCAGGACCUGGGGACGGUCGCGGCCGCGUCAAACUGGCCGAGGGCAACUUCUUAUGGGCGUCGUGCGAGUCGAUUCUCCGCUGGCCGGCGCUGCGGGACCUCUUGCUCCCGGAGGAGCAAAACAUUCAAUCCUUUGUGCUGGAGUCGGACCUGGACUUUGACGAGGUCUUUGUGUCAAAGACGAGCAGGGUCCAAUCGACACGUCCCAAAUUCCAGAGCCCGUCGGAUGCCGACAGUCGGCGUCGCGAGAUCAGCGAGGCCGAGAUCGUGCCGCUAGUGGACAAGUUUUUGAUGGAGGUCCAUGUGCGCAACCCCAUCCUGGACGAGGAGGAGCUGAGGAGGUAUGCGAGGGACGUUGCCGAGAACGGAAUGACGUGGGAUGGAAAGACUUGUUUGGUGCUGAUAGCGUGCGCCCUCGCAUGCCUCUGGGCCGGAUGGCAUCCACCACCACCCCCUGGCAGCGUCGCAGCCCCGUACUACUCGGAGCGAGAAGACGUGCAAGGCGCCGCGGCAUUCUACCUGGAGGCCAAGAAGCGGUUCGGUUUUCUUCAGAUGACCAUACUGGACCUCCAAUGCCUGCACCUGGCCAACAUGUUUGAGAAGUGCGCCUUUAGGCCGCUGAGGGCGUUCGACCUGAUGCAGAAGGCGAGCCACCGGCUUCAGGUUCACCUGCAAAGGAAGACUUGGCGAGGAGAGGCCAUCGCCAAGACACCAGAGGCCCAGAGGGCGAGCAUGUUGGAACAGAGACUUUUCUGGUCGACAGUCAGACUAACAAUGGAAUGCUUAAGCGAAAUACCCCUCCAGACCACAGGCAUCGAACAGAUGGAAUACCCAGCCUACCUCCCCCAGCUAGACGGCUCCAUGGCCAUGUCGGAAAACUUCGAGAGGAGCUGGUACUGGUUCAUAUCCGAGAUCUCAUGGCGACGCAUGAUGUCCAACGCGGUGCAGACGCUCUACUCGGAGCACCACGCCGAGGACUGGUGGAUAGGCAACGUCGACCUUCUCAUGCGUAACUUUGAAGAGUGCGAGAAGCAGCGCGUCGCCUCGAUCGAAUCCCUCCCGGAGCACAUCAAGGCCGAGAUGCGAGACCCGAGCCGACGCUUUCUGCGCGAGGCCACCACGCUCAUGACGGCCCGGCUCGACAUGUGGUUCUUUGUCAUCUCGAACCCGCUCGUCUACUUUGUCCUGCACUGCCCCGCCGGCUACGUCAUCCCGCGCCCCGCUCUCGACGUCGCCCACCGCUGCCUCGCCGUCGGCGGCGGCUACAUCCGCGACGUCUGGUUCCACCAGCGCCACGGCGGCUCCUGGCCCAUGGGUCGCCGCAUGUUCAGCAUCUGCCUGACCGUGCUGGCCUGCGCCGCCGCCGGAGGAGGAGGAGGAUCGCCGCCGACCCAGCAGCAGCAGCAGCAGCAGCAGCAGCAGCAGCAGCAGCAGCAGCGCGGCAUCUCUCCGCCCGACGACUGGGUUGCGCUCUGCGUCAUGGCGCACAACAGCCUCGCGCGCUGGGCCCACGAGUCCGAGGAGCGGUGGCGCAUGUGCGUGCUGCUGAGGCGCAUGACCACCGACGUCUGCGCGAGGCUGGGCAUGCCGCCGCCUUGGGGGUGGGCCGGGGUCGAGGCGGCGAGGGAGCCGCAGUCGCCAUGGAGGGUUGUCAUUGGUGUGUGA